UGUUACCUUUGAUGCACCGGCUGUCGUACAUCGAGUCGAGCUCUCCAUUCCAACUGUGUACAUGGAUGAGCAUCCAGCGCACUACGCUGAGGUGUUUGAUAUUGUCCUGUACAAUUCUGCCGACCUGCCGCUUCGUUCGACUCGCGUCUUUGGCCAACGCACACACAUCUGGGCGAAUGUGGAUGCCACCCAGGCCGCGUACCUGGAGAUUCAGGGCGUCUCUGAUCGUGCUGUGCAGCUCGCACUUGAUCGCGUCCGUGUCAUUGGCGGCUUUGAGCGCGAUUGUCUCCCUCUUGUGUCGUUUGAUCUGGCAUAUCUUGCCAACGACAUUCGCUUGGCUGGCGAGGUGGUCCACGUCUCGAAUGCAUCACUGGGCGCUUCCGUUUUGGCCUCCAGUCCACAGAAUUACCUGGUGUACUCGGUGCUUUCUGACUGGCACCCAGCUAGUACGAGCUCACUGCCGCAGCUCAAUUCAGCCGCCAUCGCACAGCUCGACAUCACCAACAGCGACAACCAGCAGCGGGUUGUCACGGAUGCAUCCUUUGAGUCGGCACUCGAUGAUUUGGUGGCUUCGUGGCUGAAUGGUGAUCUUGCCAACAACGGACUCGCUCUCCGCCUCGACCUGGACCAAGUCGGUAAAGCGAGUUUCGACCGUGACGAGUUUACUCUGUCGUUCAACCUGCGACGCUUCCUUUGGCGUAACACUUCGUUGAGCGACUGUUCUGCGCGAUGCGGCGCAGGUGUUCAACAUGCAAUUAUUCAAUGCUAUGAGCGCACCCACAGCGACAACGGACAGCCUCAAUACAUUGUCGUGGACGAUUCGUUCUGUCGGUCCAGCACUCGCCCGCCCGCAACAGUUGCAUGCGAUGCUUUCGAUUGUGACUACGAGUAUCGACAGCUCUGUGGCGAUUGUCUUUGCACUGAAACCUCGUGCCAGUUUUCCGAGGCGCGGCAAUCGACGCUUCAAUGCUUGCACAACACUGGCAGUAGCGGCUCGGAAGUUCCAGUUUCGGCGUCUCUCUGUGAGAUGCACGGUCUCCAGAAGCCAAACUCCACAACCUGCCCGAGCUGCAACUGCACUUCUGGAUGUGAGCUCAAGUGGGAAGUGUCGACGUGGUCAUCCUGUGAACCUGCGUGCGGCGCUGGCACUCGCACUCGUAACAUCACCUGUACUCGCCGCGAUCCAUCCCAUCCGCCGCAUUUCUGGCCCACUGCAACUCCAUCCGAAUGUGCACGUCUUUCUGAUCCUCCGAGUGCCCUCGAGUCGUGCUACUCGCGUGAUGGCUGCUCGAACGGCGAUGUCAACACAGGCCUCGAUCCAUCUGCUGCCGUUUGGCCAAUUCUCGCCGAGACCCGCAUCCUCGAACUCAACAGCACAAUCUCGCGUGUUGAAUCCUUGAUCCAACUAGGCGAGCCGCACCUCUCCGCCGAGUUGCUUGUUGCGCAGAUUGCUCGCGACACGCUGUCAGCGCGUUUCGAGAGCCAAGUUGUCGACUCACGCACAAGCAUGGACUUGGCCAAGCUGUCCGUCGAACUCGAGGUGGUCGAUCUGCAAAACGAGCUGUCUGCGUCCCACACUCGCCAAGAGUCCGAUCUGCCGACCAAAACGGUUGCUCUCGAGCAGCUGGAGCUGGACGCUCGUAUGGCAUCUGCACGAGCGACAAUCAACAUGCCUGGGAGUGGCGUGACGUCGUACAAGAACAUUGGCAUGCUCGGAUUCGGAUACCACAUCUUCAAGGGCAACCCUCUUCCGUCGUCCGGUGUCGAUCCCGGGUUCACCUUGCCUGUCCUCAAGGUGGAUUACUCGAUGCGUCGCAUGACCGCUGAUGGCAGCACGAUGCUUCCUGACCGCGUCGCCGUCAUUCCGUACGCUUCCGCGCAGUUUGACAGUCGUUCCCACCUCGUAACGACCUCGUCCGAGUACGCAGAAAGCUUGGAAGUGGACGUGUCCAUCGAAACCUCCUUCUCGUUCAGUGCUCUCGUUGAAGGUGGAGGUGCCAAGUUUUCGGCGUCGAACGACUACAAGCAGGCCUCAGAGAUGCAUCAGUCGUCCGAAUCUGUUUCAAUCACCACCAUUGGCACCGUCUUGACAUAUGUGGCAGAGUUCCUGGAUGACACGCCUCCGCUCGCCGACCAUGUCAUUGAAAUGUUCAACGCGCUCCCGCCGCCCGCGUGCUGUGAUGGUCUUGUGCUUCCCUCGCACGCUGGAGUGAGCAAGGAUCGUUCGGCGUGCACCGCAAUCCAUGCAAACUGUGGCGACCUUUACCUUCGGUUUUUGGACAAGGUGGGGACCCACACCCUCAUCGGCGUCCACAUGGGCGGGAAGUCCAUUCGAGUGUACACCAUGGCACAAACCGAGUUUGAGUCGAGCGUGGAACAGUCGGAUGCCUUCAAGUCAUCAUUGUCGCUUUCGUCUUCUGGAAUCGAGUCGAGCUCCAUCGACACGUCCUUGAGCAUCAGCAAGCAAAGCUCCCUUAAGCAAGCCGUCAAGGAUCGCACCGAGUCCCGCCGCGAGACGUUCAUGGGUGGUGACCCAACCGCAGGCACAAAUGAUCCGGAAGACCCCACAAACAUGGACGGUGACAAAGAGUGGAGCACGACGGUGUCGAAGAAUCCAGUUCCGAUCAAGUACAAGUUGGUGCCCGUGCUGCAGGUGCUGGCUGUCGCGCGUUUGUCCAAUGGCACCAACCAGGAGCUUGUCGGCUUGAAGCUCGACCUUUUAACCCGUUUCUACCUGCAAGUGUGCGCAAGCACACCUGGUGCUGACUGCGAAGUCCCGGCCAAGGCAGACGAGGUGGGAGUGCACUUUGGCGACUAUGUUACCCUCUCUCAAGUCAUCUCGGCAAGCAAUCACAUGGUCAUGGCAGAGGACCCCAAGCAAGGCAGGCUGAUUGCUCGUCAGGUGCCAGCGUCGAACGAGAACGUGGCAGACACGCACAUGGACAUUGUCAACCUUCCUGAUGGCGUUGUCUGCUCGUCGUGUGGUGAUUCAAGCCGCUACUUUAAUGGAGAAGCUUGUACAAUGUGCAAGAAUCCACACACGACUUGUGCACCAGUCCAGCACGAGUCGUGGUCCGAGGUCAUCCAAUCUGCAAACCGUGCGAGCGACAACGGACCGGCUGGCAUCUAUCAGGUCAAGGGCGUCUCUUUCGACCAGUGUAAGCAAGCGUGCAUGGAGCGUCCCUCAUGCAAAGCCGGCGUCUACUUGACCAAUGCAGCCCAUGUGGACCGCGCGGUCGAAUGUAACCUGUUCGGCGAUCACCCUGAGAACGCGUUUGUUCGGCGCGGUGGUGACCAUGACGACAACUGGUACAUCUUCCAGCGCUGGGGUUGCUACAGCGCACAGCAUCCAGACUUUUUCACUGGCUGGAGGGCGUACGGCGCCAGCUCCUUCCGAAAGCAGCCGGUCGUCGACGUGGGCCUCGAGCGAUUGCGCAUCAUUUCUCCGUCGAGCGUUACGACAGGCAUCUCUUCGCCAGUUACGUAUGGCCGUCUCUUCAUGCUCGCCACGUCGUCGGGACUGGUGGUGCGGUCGUUGCAGCGCGACUGGUUUGACAUUAAAGCAACGAACGAGCAGUUGAGCACACUGCCGCUUCGUUUCCGCUUUGUCAGUCGCACUGCGGCAACCGGCACUGUUGUCCACUAUGGAGACAAUGUUGCAAUUGAAGAGGUCAUUGUCACUGGCCAACUGAGUCCGUCCGACCAAGCAGCCUUGCUGCAACGAACGCGUUUCCAGCGGAUGGAGCCGCACUAUCUCACCAUCAACAGCGGCAAUGGGUUGGUUCCCAUCAGCCAGAAUAUGACUGUGCGCUCUCGUAUGCUGACAGAGAUUGGCGAUCUGGAAUGGACUGUUCACCUGUCUCGCAAUCCGACCAGCACGAGCCUCUCGUCCGUCACUCCGCUGUUGUCGUACAGCCGGCAAGGAGACGAUGUGCUGAGCCGCACGUUGCUGUUUUCUGCGACAGUUGACCUGCUCGAGAGUGCCGGCAUUGACGACUUGAACACGUUGCAGGCUCGCUUGACGUUUAACGAUCCCGUCACUCGCGACUCGCCAAUCGCCCAAUACCCAGGCCGCGACCGCCUCUCCACGAUCACCGAUGACGCCUUCCUGACCCGGCUCGAUUUUGUCGUGCAGCUUCUGCGUCCGACCACUGCCGGGCUUGCCUUACAUCUGGCUUCCAGCUCGGACGCAAUCCUGACGUCCGGAAAUGCAGGCAUUGCGCGAGAGGUGAAGAUUUCCUCGGUGCGUAUUUCAACCCGCGGUCGUUCCAGUACUGCCUACCAGUUUGUUAUCAAGCUCGCCGAGCCAGCCCAUGAUGGCGACGUGCUGAGCGUUUCUCUCAGUUCUCCAGAGCUGGUCAAGUCCACCAGCCAGGGUGUGUCUGUGGCUCCCGCUGACAACCAAGCCCUGUCCGAGCUUGUGCUUCCAGUUCGCUUCCAGCUGAGCAACAACUCGAGCAUUGUGUUCCAUUCCACUUCAAGCAACGGUGCCGAGACGACCGUGCCACUGACGUUUUCGACGGGUGUUGUGAAUGCCGAGCGUGACUUCCCCUCGGUCUCUGACUUUGUCGUGACGGACAGUUCUUCGCCGGCGCGUCUUUUGACGAUUGUUUCGGCGCAGUGCCAGGUUAUGAAUGGGACUGGAAACGCGCUGGUGUUGGACUCUGUUCGGCACGAGGCAGACGUUCGAUCGGGAUGCGUGCAUGUCCUUGUCGGAGUUGCGACCAGCGAUCGCAUGCACCUCACCUUGCCCUUGUACAUUGACGUCGUUCAGGCGCGUAUCCGUGCGGCCCAACGUGUCGAAUAUGCCGAGCGGCGCCGUGUGGCGUUUUAUGAUGAAUGA